CUCAUUCUGUGUGGACGCCUUGCUUACGCCAAGCAUACGUACGCGUCGUUCAAGUGCGUCGCGAGCAGCGCACACAUACAGCCACAGUCGAGGAACCUACACAGACCCCCUCACAUUCACACAAGCACACGCACACACAUACACAUGCAUAAUAAGUUAAAGGCACAAGCAGCAGCAGCAGCAGCCGCGCGGUAACAACGCCAAAUUAUCGAGUCUGCGCCAAAAAGUGAUAGCAAUUGUUGUUAAUCUUAAAGUUGUGCAAGAAGAAAUCAAAGCGUACCCUUAACCAAGGUAGAAGUGCCCCAAAAAUAUUGAAGGCGCAAUUCAUCGCCGUUGUUCCGUUGCUUUUUCCCAUCUGUUCGCGUCGUCGUCGCCGUCGCAGUUGACGUCGCCUCGUUGUGUUGCGUCGCGUCGCGUUGGUUCGUCGCCUCGUCAACAGUUUUGUUGUUGUGUUGGUCGCGCGUCAGCAUCGUAAGCUCCUCGCUGGCUGUCCGCCGUCGGCAGCUGCAGCCAGCAGCGUGCGACAUGUCACAUGUCUUGGCCUCAGCAUCUCCUGCUUCCUUCGACUUCAUUUGUUGCCUUUGACGGCAGCCGCAACAGCAGCAGCAGUAGCAACAAUGCGCUAAUGAAAACGGAGCAAGUGCAAAAGGCAACGAAAAAUUCUCAACUCCCUCUCCGGUCCCUUUUAGUAGCCCUCAAACAUGUCUCUGAACUAAACGCAAAUGCAAAUUGAUCGUCGCGAGUGCAAAAGUGACGUCACAAUUUAACGAAAGCAACAGUAGCAACAACGAUAACGAUAACGAUUGCCAUUGCGUUUGCGAUAACUAGUUUAACUGGCUACAAAUGUGGCGCUGCAGCAAGUGCAGUAAAUGCGGCACGUUGUUAUAACGUUGAGCAUUGGGAAUAUUGAACACAGCAGCGCCAGCUGCAGCAGAAUAACAGUACCAGAAACGGUAGCAGCAACUACAACAGCAACAACAACAACAAAAUGGCAGUGACAAAAGCCGAAACUGAAGCAGCAGCAGAACCGCGACUACAGCAAGAGCAACAACAUCAACAACAACAACAACAUCAACAACAACAGCAGCAGCAGCAUCAACGCAACUGCAACAAUUACUGUUGCCGGCAACAACGGAAGCACCAGCAGCAUCAACAACAACAACAACAUCAACAACAACUACAGCAGAAGCAUCGACUACAGCAACAGUCGCAUUGGAUUAAACAUCUUCAAGUGCUGUGCAUUGUUGUCGCAUUACUCCUGCUGCCCGCAUUGGUCCAUGGCCAGCAGCAAAAGUUUCGCACCACUCCGCACGAUCUGCAAGUGCUCGAAGGAGCCGAGGCCAUGAUGCGCUGCGAGGUGGCCAACGUAGCCGGUGCCGUGCAGUGGACAAAGGAUGGCUUCGCACUCGGCUUCUCGGCUGUUAUACCCGGUUUUCCACGCUACUCAGUGCUGGGAGAUCGACGACAGGGCGUCUACAAUCUGCGCAUCUCGAAUGCCUCCACGCACGACGAUGCCGAGUAUCAGUGCCAGGUGGGGCCAGCCCGCCUCAACUCUGCGAUUCGCGCCAAUGCCAAGCUGACUGUCAUAUCGCCACCUGCAUCGAUCGAGAUCAAAGGAUACAGCCACAACUCCAAGGUGGAGGUGCGCGAAAACCAGGACUUAACACUCAAGUGCAUUGUGGCCAACGCCAAGCCUGAGGCACAAAUUGUUUGGUACCGCGGCAACGUCGAAUACAAGCCAGAAAAACGGGAUGAUAAGGUGGAGGAGACGACGCCUAAGAGGUUCACGACAACGUCCAGUCUGAAGUUGAAGCCUGGUGCUGAUGAUGACUACACGGAAUACACGUGCCAGGCGAAACACAAGGCGCUUUCGCCGGAUAUGCCGAUGCGUGCCACAGUUCAACUGUCCGUGUUGUAUCCACCCGGUCCGCCGUAUAUUGAGGGCUACUCGACUGGCGAUAUACUGCGUCGCGGUCAGACAGUGGAGCUCAUGUGUCGCAGUCGCGGCGGCAAUCCGCCUGCUCAGCUCAUCUGGUACAAGAACGGCUCCCAGAUACGCAUGGCAUACAGGACAUCUGGGCGGCUGUCGGAAAACAUUUACAGCUUCACCGCGGAGGCUGGCGACAACAAGGCGCGAUUCCGUUGCGAGGCGAGCAACGUCAUGUCUCAGACACCGCUCAAGGCGGAAGUCGAUUUGGCUGUUCUAUUUGCCCCAUCACAAGUCACAGUUACAGGACCGACGGAGGCGCGAGUUGGCGACGUUAUUCCCCUAACGUGCGCCACGGCGCCCUCGAAUCCACCCGCGGAUAUCAAAUGGAUGGUGGCUGGACGCCAGAUACGAAAUGCUACCUCAAAGACGACCGUCAGCACAGAAGGUGGAUGGACAACCAGCUCUAAUAUCACCACCAUUGUGGAGCCUAACAAGCGUUCUUUAGUCGUAAUCUGUCAUGGCCUAAACAUGCAGCUCACAGAGAACGUGGUCGCCACGCAUACGAUCAACGUCUUAUAUCCACCCGCGCCGCCAUUAAUUUCGGGCUAUAUCGAGGGACAAAUUAUACCAGCUGGUUCGGUGCAAAAACUGCUCUGCGUUUCAUCAGGCGGCAAUCCGCUGGCAACGUUAACGUGGUACAAAAACGACAAGCGGAUCAACUCGGUGAUUCGGGCUGCAGACAAAUCCGUUUCGGCCGAAAUAACUAUUUUGGCCAACGUCACCGAUAACCAGGCCCAAUACCGAUGCGAGGCCUCGAACAGUGCCACCGAAAUACCGCUGUUCGAGUCGACAACGCUUAGCGUGCACUUUGCGCCAGAGACGGUAAAAAUACGCAUUGAACCGGAAGAACUGCGACCUGGCAUGGAGGCAACCAUCAUUUGUGACUCGAGCUCAAGCAAUCCACCGGCAAAGCUGUCCUGGUGGAAGGAUGGCAUAUCCAUUGAAGGCAUUAAUAAUACGUCGAAGCCAGGUCUCUGGGGCGGCACGGUCUCCACGCUCGAGUUCAAGCUAAACAUCACCCAGGAAAUGAACGGUGUGGUCUACACCUGCCAAAGCGCCAACGAGGCACUGCAGCGCAGUGUCCACGAGGCAGUCAGCCUCAAUGUGCUCUUUCGACCCAAGUUUGUGCCACCGCCAUCGUGGACAUCGGUGGGGUUGGAGGGUGAGUCCUUGCAGGUGCCGCUGCAAGCGAAUGGUAAUCCGGAAGCUGUCGUCUAUACGUGGACAAAGAACGGCGUUGCCAUACCGCAGGAUUCGAGUGGCAGCGUUUCUGCUGGCGAGCAUCGCAUAUUUGCCGAUGGCGCUGUGCUUAACUUUACCAAGCUGCAUCGUGACGAUGCUGGGAUCUAUUCCUGCACAGCCUCUAACUCACAGGGCAAAGCGAAUCUCAACAUAACCGUUGUGGUUGAAUAUGGCACCACCAUCAAGUCCGUGUCGGAGAACAUUAUUGUGAAUCCCGGCGAGGAUGCGAUGCUCUCCUGUAGCGUUGAGGGCAAACCGCUGGCCGAGGAGCAUGUGAAGUGGGAGCGUGUCGGCUAUGACAUGAAGGUGAAGACCACCACAACCUUCACCAAUGGCACCGCCUAUCUGCACAUCAAGGAUGCCCAGCGCGAGGAUGUGGGAAACUUUCGCUGCGUCGCCGACAAUCAUGUGGCCAAUCCCACCAACCGCGACGUCCUGCUCAUCGUCAAGUUUGCCCCUGAGAUAGCCAAGUCGCCAACGUUGCUGCGAGCAGCGAGCGGAACUGGGGAGCGUGGCAAGUUGCCGUGCCGUGCCCAAGCAUCGCCAAAACCGCAGUUCAUUUGGCGGCAGGACAACAAGGAGCUGCCCAUCAACCAUACGUUCAAGUACGAGGUGGAGGAGCGCAAGAUUGACUCGCUCACCUAUGAGUCCUCUCUCAUCGUCGAGAAGGUGGCGCCCGCCGACUAUGGAGCUUAUGAGUGCGUUGCCCGCAACGACCUCGGCGAGGACAUCGAGACUGUGCGCCUGGACAUCACCUCACAGCCCGAGCCGCCGCUCAGUCUCAACAUUCUGAAUGUGACCCAUGACACGGUGACUGUGGCUUGGACGCCAGGCUUUGAUGGCGGACUAAAGGCCUCCUAUCGCGUUCGAUAUCGCAUGGCAGACCGCGAGCAGUACAAAUACAUUGAUGGUCUGCCCAACAGUCACAAGCUGACCAUUGGCGGACUGAGGAUGAACACGAUGUAUUUGUUCUCCGUGAUGUCCUGGAAUGAUUUGGGCCAGAGCAGUUACCUGCCGGAUUUGACGCGAGCCCAGACCAAAGAGGCGCCGCCGCCAUCGCAUCCAGCAUCGUCGCUUGGCGGUGGUCCGCCGACCACCAGUCAGACUCCAUUGGGCGGUACCUCCGGCAUGCUGCUGGUGGGCGUGGCCUCCGGCAUCACUGUUGUGUUGCUCAACGUGUUUGUCAUCGGCUGCUGCCUGCACAAGCGCAACGAGAAGCGUCUGAAGCGAGGACUUGAAAUGCUGCCAGCCGAGCUAACGGAGGACUCCAGCAACACACCGAAUCUGGUCAUAAUUGGCAUCUCUCUGGCGGCAUUUGGAUUCCUCUUGGUCAAUGCGGCGCUCGUUGCCUGGUUCAUUGUGCAUCAACGUCGCAAAAAAGUGGCGGAAACUACAAAUCAACCAGGCAAAACGGCGACCAUCGAAAUGUACGCGCCCAGUUCGUACAAUGACACCGUUACCGGCGAGACACUGUCCAGCGUGUCGGAGAAGAGCGAGUCCUACUCCAAUGAGGGCAGUCAACCGGAAUACAUUGACGAGGCGCGAAAGAAGGCUGCAUCGACGUAUCUGGUGGAGAGCGCUGACAUGCCACCGCCCAGAUACCAAAAGGACGGCACCCUGCCAGCAUUAUAUCCAAAUAAUAUGGUGAACGCUUGCACGCUGCCACAUCCGAGGCACAACAAUGGCCACGCCGCGGCAAUGACGCGCGACGAUCAGAUGCUCAUCAGCAAGGGCGUUUACAUUCCGUCCCCGUCGCCAGCACCGCCGCCGGAUGGUUCCUACUACAAUAUGAACAGUGACAGAUAUUUGUCGUAUCCGCCUUUGGAAUACCCGGCAGCAUUGGACUUCAGUGGACCGCCCCUGGCGAUGGCACAUCUGCAGCCCAUGCCCAUUACGGUUACCUCACAGGCGGCGGCGAUGCUGUCGAGCAACGGAGGCGCGACGCUCGUUGGCAACGGCGGCUCUGGUACCUUGAGGCGUGGCAUCUUGCGGGGCGUUGUGGGAGUGCCGCCUCCCGAUGUAACACAUCAUACGACAGCCGGCGGCAGUCCGAUGCAAAUACUGCACGAUCUGCAUCCGGUGAAUCUGAGUGCAACCACGCUGACCACGAGUACAACGCUCAAUGGCAGCAUGACGACAGCACUGCCACUCGGCACAGCGACGCUGCCACGUCAACCCCACGGCAUCCUCAAGGAUCCCAAUCGCAAUAAGCAACAGCAGCAGCAACAACAGCACCAGCAGCAACAGCUACAACAACAGCAACAGCUGCUUAAUGCCAGCCUGGUGGGCGUGCCGGUGUCGGCACCCGUUGGCAGCCUGCAGAUCUUGAAUCUGCCAGCGACGAGUGCGGCUGGACUGGGCAACAAUUUGCUGAUGACAACCAGUGCCACCUACGACCCAGCGUCGCUCAGCAGCUUCAACUCGAGUGGCGGCGGACCCGGCGGUCUCCCAGUGGCCUACACAGAUGCUGAUGGCCAUCUCGUAUAGCUGUAGGCUGAGACUGGGGCAGAGCAGCAACCCCGGUACUAAAAGAGAGGGAGAGUAGGGCAGGGGGCAACAUUCAUCGCCUAACUGAAUGCUAAUCCAACAUGGUAACUACUUGCAAACAGCAUACAUACAUACAAACAUACUCGUACUCGUAUAUCUCGUAACGUACUCUUGACUUGACUCGACUUGACCCGUAGCUAGAGUUUAGGAGCUUUCUCUUCUUCAGCAUGUGUCUCCUCGGUCCUCGACGUGUACAGGAGCAACAGCAGCAACAGCAGCAACAGCAGGACAACUGUCCAUUACCUUAUUCAAAUCAGCUACGGAAUUAGUUUAUGUAAAUUUUUAAAACGGAACACACACUUCCUCCGCAGCCAAGCCACAGAACAUUGGACUGUUUAUUUAGAUAAAGAACGCAACGAUCUCAUUGCUUGGCCAUAGCCUGGAGAGGAAGGAGCACGACUGACCAACGCUCCAGCUCCUACUUUUUGCCUCUUGCUAAUUAGCUUCGUUGGCAGCAAUAACAACGGCCAUAACAACAACUUUGAGCAGUCAGUCAGUCCACAGCUUGCGAAAGGGAACGAGCGGAAGCUGGUCAAAAAAUUUUGAAAUUAGUUCAGUGGAACGAACGAAAACAGCGCACAGCCGUUUGACAGCUCCCUAGGGCGUGCUCAGGCCUCAAGUCGCUGGGCACGUGAUUGUGCUGGGCGCACGGAGGCGUGGCAGUGCCAACAAAAGGCAAAAUUAUAAAAAUAAAAAUAAAAUAAUACAACUUGAGCAGUUGACAGCAGCAGAAGCAAGUUACAGCGAGCGAUUAGUUUGUCCCGUCACCACCAGCUCCACCUCCACCUCCACCUCGAAUCUUCCAUCCAACUCUGACUCUGCGCCUGGAAGUUAGUGCUUUCAUAUAUUGAGAGGCAUCCUCCGAUAGAAGCAAACGAAUUUGUUUGUCGAGCGCAUUUGUUGCUCGACCCCCCCGACAACAACAACAACAACAACUGUCACGCCCCCUUUCUUUGUGCUCUCACAUUAUCUGCAGCUACUAUAGAUACAUAUAUACAUAUAUAUACAUGUACUAUAUGUAUAUACUAUAUAUUCAAAAGGGGACAAUUCCGCAUUUGGAUUGCGAUCUAUGUGGCAAGGACUCGUUUUGGAGCCGUUCUUAAGUGCUUGCCGCACAUUUGCUUCUCGCUACUGCUGAUGAUUCUACUUCUACUUCUGAUGCUGCUGCCACUGCUGCGUCGUUGCAGCUCAGCGAGCGUGACAUGCUCAUCUUGGGUACGCCAUUAACUUCUGUUGCUGGCCGCGCUGGAGCACAUCAUGACAAUUCUAUUAUGUAGUACCAUCAAUGCCGAGCAAUUUAAAACACACGCAGCAGCGCAUCGCCCGCUUCUCUUCUCUUCUCUUCACUUCUCUCUGCUUGACUCGGGUGUCAUCUUGAGCCAAGGACAAAGAUAGAAAAAUUCAAGGCGUUAACUGCUAUAUGAAUGUCUUCUUCUCUCCGACUCUGCUUCUGUGUGUUGGUGUGGAUGUGAAUGUGUGGCAGUGUGGGCGUGUGUAUCUGUGUGUAUUAAUUAAUAUUCAUCGUGCUGUAAUUACCAAGUCAAGGCAGGCAUUGCCUUUGGCACUUGCUUCCAUCCUUACUAUCUUCUCUUCGCUUCUGUCUUCUUUUCUUGCUCUUAUUCUAAGUGCUUCUAAUGCAGCUGCAGCAGCAAGCACUUCUCCCUCAAUUUAGCCAACGAAUGACGCUUGAGAAAAAGCAUCAAUAAAGAAAUGAACAGUUUGGUUGCAUGCCACAUGCAUGCUUAUUCAAAUGUUGCCAUCUCGCUCACUUCGUUUCGCUUGCUAUUCCUUGAAGAGAGCUGCUCUAUAGCCACACUAAUUAAAAAUUUAAUUGCAUAAAGUAUUCGAAAUUAACGCACGCAUACACAAUGACAAUGCUGCAGUCGGUUACAAAGCGGCAGAUGAAGAUAAGGCUUUGAGGAAGACAAUGCAAGAAGUCAACAUUGAUGUGCUGCAUACAAUAUCUCUGCCACACACACACACACACACACACACUCACACAUAGCAGUAUUUAUCAAUUUAGAAGGCCUUUGCUGCAGGUCCUUCCUUUCCUCACCUCCUUCUGCUUCACACGCCCGCACAUUGUCACGCCCUGCAGCUGGCUUUUGUCUGCUGUGGACUCGCUUCGCUCAUAGGCUCUUUUGGCUCUUUGGCUCUUGUGCUCUUCGCUGGGAUUUCCGCUAUUGAAUAAUUGUGAUUGCUGCUCAGAGAUAAAAGUUAAAUGAGCAGGAAAAUAAGGAAAAUUACACAAUGAAGCUUAAUGCCACAAGAGACAAGUCUGCAUAUGACCGUACGAAAUCAUUAUUGAAACUUUCUUACUGCAAGCAAAUUGAUUACAGUGGUGGCCCGCAAAUUGAUGACACCGUCAAGAAAGCAGUUUCAGCAAUUAGAACUAAAGUUUUCCAUUUUUAUUUCAAAGCAACUUUCUUAGCUUGACUAAAGAGCUGACUUAGCAUUCUACUUUUGGAUUGACCUAACUAAAUGCUGAUUGUAUUUGUUUAAAACAAAAUUCAGCAGAAUUUAACAACAUUAUUGAAAACACUUUUACCUAAUUUCGGCAAUUGUUUAAAUGAAAAAUAAAUAUUAUUCGUUAAAAUUUUACUUACUUUCAAGUUUCUUAGUUUUCAUUGCUGUUGCAAUUCUUUUUCGAUUCGAAACAUUUUACUAAAAGACUUAGUAAUUUAUAGUUGGCUUUAAGCGCUUAAAAUACCUUUGUGGAUUUCAUGAACUCAAGUUUUUUAUUUUGCAGACAUUUCACAGAAAAUUAUUCUGACUCAAAACAGUCAGUAAUAAAAGCCAGAACAGAAAGUAAGAGAUGGAUUUUUUUGAAUUUAAAAUUAUUGUUGCUCAACUGGCAAAUGUACACGUCUAGGAUUGGGAUAUAUACAAUAGAUAAAUAUUGACAUACUUAUGUAAAGCUUAUACCCACAUAGUGCUGCCAAAAUCGCAUUAAGAGAUUUAAUAUAAAUUGUAUCGAUAAGUAGCUAAGCGAACUAAUUAAACAACACACAAGUCUAGAGAAUUCAAGAGAAAUAAAUCAAUAUAUAUAACAUAUAUAUAUAUGAAUUAUACGCUGAGGGAUAAACACAAGCAGCAGCAGUCAGCGUUAUGCAUAUUUAGACCUACGCAAUCAAUAUGCCAAAUUUAAUUUGUACAAUAACGAAAAGGUAAAAACCAAAAUAAAAAACAAGAAAUGUAAAACGAAUUAAAUUACGAGUAUAUAAAGGAUAAAUGCAGGUAUAUAUAGAAAAGAGACAGUCAUACAAAGAAAUAAAACGAGACAAGUAGAAAAUAGCUAUAACAUAAAAGUAGAUUUAAUUUCGCAUUUCGUAAUUGUAGAACAAUGUUUUACACUACACAUACAAAUAAAUUGUAAGUGAUAAAAACAAAAACAAGUCAACACUUGUCACGCCCCUUUACGCCCCCCAAAAUGAGUGUACUAGUUAAUAGGCUAUCUGAGAGUAUACUCACUAAAUAUUCAUUCAUUCAUUCGUCACUAAAGUCUAUCGGAGUUUAUGCCCACAAUACUCGUUCUUACUGUUUUUUAAUUGCACUUCAUGAUUAUCGAAUGUAUAAAUAAAUUGGUUAUGAAUACGAGUGUGAAACGAAUAGAUUUUUAUACAAAAAUUAAAUGUCUUCCCCGCGUAAUGGAAAAUUUCAUUUGUUAUUGGAUACAGAACACCAACUGUGUUUUAUUCCAUUAUUAAUCACUUUCUGCAAGUGUAUAAUUUGAAAUAUAAAUGCUAUGUAUGUAUGUGCAAGUCUGUAAUUAUUUAGUUUUUAAUGCGUAACAUAUGAUAUGGGGGAAAUUAAAUAAGACUAAAUAUUAAUUAUUGUGUUACAUUAUUGAAUUAAAUUAAGUUAAUGUACAAAAAUUUAGUAUAUCUAAAUAAAUUAAAAAAAAUAGAUAUAUAUAAAUAUACAUGAAUAGCAAAAGCAUGGCCAAAGAGAUUUGUUAACAAAGAAAUUAAUUAUUUACAAUUCACUCUCCAUUUGCCUUGUAUUAUUUGAAUCUGUUUGAUGGCCGCGUAUCACGAAAUUCAAUUUAAAACAAUUCUCCUGUUAAUAAUAAUAAUAAUAAUAAUACUUAAUAAUAAUAUGGACACGAGUAUGUAAAACCGAAAGACAAGACUUGAAUAAUAAUCUCCAUUUAUGAUGAUACAUAGGUUAAAUUGUAAUUCAAUCCAAUGCAACGUAACUAGAAUACAUCAACAGGUAUAGCAUACAUACAUAACAACAACAACCACACAACAACCAAUACAAACAUGCGUACAUACAUAUGUAUAGAUGUAUAACCAGCUAUUGUGAAUGUUUUUAUGAUGAUACAAUUAGAAUAGAAUAACAUAUGCAACGCAUUAUUAACUGCUAAAUGGUGUACAGAUGCAUAAGAAUACAGCGAAACAAUAAACAACAAAAUUCAACAAAAAAAUAUAUAUUAAAUUAAAUUAAAUUAAAUUAAAAUUAAACUGUAAGUUUAUUUGCUAAAAAAAAAAGAAAAAGGAAAACAGAAAGAGUUAAGAGAAAACGCAUAUGCUGCAGUCGAAAAUUUGUAUAAAUUAAUUUGAAGGAAUGAGAAUGAUGCAUAUGAAACUAAUUGCAUUUUUAAGAAAUCUGUUAAUAUAUGAAUAAAAAGAUAC